AUGGGCGCUGCGAGGAUCUCACGUCUGCGGUGGACAGUUCCACCUGCUGCUCUGGCUGCAUACACUGCGGGGGAGUGGAAUCGACGUCUACCCCAGAGCAAACCCUUUACUACUACAUCUGCUUGGUACGAGACCAAUUCCGAGUCGCGGACCGAAUCAUCCCCUGAGAAGGGUAGCCCCGAACACAAAGACCAAGACUCUGUAUGGUUCAAACUCGCACAAAAGCUCGAUAAUGUCAAACAUACUGUUGGAGCUGGAGCUUGGGGAGACCUGGGAGGUAACAUUACCGAGUAUAUCGUGCCCGAUUGGGCCCGAUUGCUCCCGGCUACAGCCCAGAAGCUUCAGCGGGAGCUCUCAAUGGCCCCUGGGUCACUCGCGGAUGAUAUCUGGAGGGAGUCGCAUGAUCCAGACCUCAACCCGGAGAUCUUGAGAGAGGCUCAGGUGCGAGUGAGCGGCGAUCUUUGCCACGAGGAGCUUGUAUUCAGGAAGAAGCGCCAAGAGCACGCGAGGAGAGCAUUGGCCUCAUAUUUGGAUAUUGCCGAGGAGGAGAUUCACCCAGACGAUGUCCCGGUUAUUGCCAUGUGCGGCUCUGGUGGUGGGCUACGCGCCCUGGUUGCGGGGACUGGGUCAUACCUGGCUGCCCAGGAAGCUGGGUUGUGGGAUUGUGUUACCUACACGGCUGGGGUUAGUGGCAGUUGCUGGCUACAGACGCUCUAUCAUUCUUCUCUCGCGGAUGGGAACUUUAAUCGCCUGGUCGACCACUUGAAAAACCGACUGGGUGUACAUAUUGCCUUCCCGCCGGCAGCACUCAACAUGCUGACCACAGCGCCCACCAACAAGUUCCUGCUCAGCGGUUUGGUCGAGAAGCUCAAGGCAGACCCGGGCGCCGACUUUGGCUUGGUGGAUAUCUAUGGUAUGCUGCUUGCUGCACGACUUUUAGUUCCCCGUGGAGAGCUGGGCGUGAGCGAUCGCGAUCUCAAGAUCUCCAACCAGCAGGUCAAUCUGCUGGAUGGCGCACAUCCCAUGCCUAUCUACACGGCAGUGCGCCACGAGAUUCCUAUCCUGGCUGAAGAAGCCCGAGAUGGUGCACAUAAAAAGCCAGAAGAUUUGAUGAAAGAAGCCAAACGAGAGUCUUGGUUCCAGUGGUUUGAAUUCACCCCUUACGAAUUCUUCUGUGAGGAACUCAACGCUGGCAUUCCUACUUGGGCAUUGGGACGACACUUUCACGAAGGGCGUAAUGAGACGCCUUCCGACACCUAUCCCAUCCCCGAGCUGCGGAUUCCGGGAUUGAUGGGAAUCUGGGGCAGUGCUUUUUGCGCCACUCUCUCUCACUAUUACAAAGAGAUUCGACCCUUGGUCAAAGGUCUUGCCGGGUUUGGUGGGAUUGACACACUUAUCCGGGGCAAGAAUGAGGACCUCAUCCGAGUGCAUCCCAUCGACCCUGCGGCCAUUCCUAACUAUGUUAUGGGUAUGAAAGAACAACUGCCAGCCUCUUGCCCAGAGUCUAUCUUCCAGGACAAGCACCUACGGCUUAUGGAUGCUGGAAUGAGCAACAACUUGCCUAUUUAUCCGUUGAUUCGACCCGGCCGUGACGUGGAUGUCAUUGUCGCCUUUGAUGCUUCUGCCGACAUCAAGCAAGAAAACUGGCUCUCCGUUGUAGACGGAUACGCGCGACAGCGGGGAAUUAAAGGCUGGCCCGUCGGUGCAGGCUGGCCCCGAGCGACAGAGACCCUCGCGGACACGGAAAAGGCCCUGCGCGAGCCUCAGAACAUUACAGAUGGGCAAGCCAACCAGAAGAUUGCCGAUGCCCAGAACCACAAGGAGAAUACAUCGAACAAGAAGAACAACUCUGGGAGUGUUGCCGAUUCGGACCUUGGAUAUUGCAAUGUCUGGGUCGGUACUCAAGAGGAGCGCAUCUCCAAUGACGAACCCCCACCUUCAAAGCGUCUCUUCCAUCCAGACAACAACGAAGACCACUCCGAGUCCGACUUCCACCUAAUGAGACCCGAAGCUGGUAUCGCCGUGGUCUACUUCCCUCUUAUUCCCAACCCUUCCGCCCCGAAUCUCCCUCCAACCCGCAAGACUCGGCCCCUCGCAGCUAUCCAUUCCAUUCGACAAGCUCAAAACGAGGCCGAAGACCCUGCCGACUCGAUCGCGCCCCAACCUAAUUCUAUCAAUCCUGACGUAGACGAUUUUCUGUCUACGUGGAACUUUAUCUAUACGCCCGAGCAGAUUGAUUCUGUUGUGGGAUUAGCGAAGGCAAACUUUUCUCAGGGCAAGGACCAGGUUCGUCGGGUGGUGCGUGCAGUCUAUGAGCGGAAGAAGUCUGAUCGGUUGCGUAAGGAGGAAGAGAAGGCCAGGAAACGCAUGGAGGGGUUCGUCCCGCUGUAG